CCGGGGUGCCGCAUGAGCAGGGGGUCUCACCGCACGCACUACUUUAAAAGCCCCCUCUGAAGAUGCUCCAUAAUCGCUGAGCAAGACGGUCUUACUGGUGUCUUGUGCACAAGUUUUCCAACACCCAUCGGGCUAUACUUUGAAACUGACUACUUUACCAAACAUAAGAGCAGGGAUAUAACUGAAAAUAAGUUAUUGUGUGUGCAUGUUCUGACUGUCAAAUUUGACCUCACCGACCAAUGUGGCUUCUUGGAUCACCUUCCAAAGUGAUACUGAUGGAUGAGCGCCUGCCUCCCUCCGCACGCUCCGUGCAAAGCCCAGCGAACAACCCGUCGACAGUCCACAGCAUCGAAGCGAUACUGGGAUUUAAAGAGGACACCAUCUUCCACAAAUCACCCUCUUACAGCAUAACAGAAAAGGUCAUAGUCAAAGAUGCUGAGCGCAACGGGAAUGUAACUGUAACCGCGGUGAAGAGAAGUCACUACUCAGAAAGUUUUGAAAGUGUGCGUUGUGCCAGCAGCGCCGCUGAUGCCUCGGUGUGCCCGGACUCACCGGACAGGGACGGGAAGCUGUCCGAUGAUGAAAACCCCAAGAAGAAGCACCGUCGGAAUCGGACCACAUUCACCACCUUCCAGCUGCACGAACUAGAACGAGCUUUCGAAAAGUCUCAUUAUCCGGACGUGUACAGCAGGGAGGAGCUGGCCCUGAAGGUCAACCUGCCGGAGGUCCGAGUGCAGGUGUGGUUUCAAAACCGGAAGCUGGAGGUGAGUUCCAUCAAGCUCCAGGACACCUCCUCCUCCUCUCUGCUCUCCUUCAGCCGCUCUCCUACCAGCUCCCUGGUCCCUGGUUUGCAGCUGGACCCCUGGCUCUCCACCCCACUCACCACCCCAACCUCUUUGCAGUCACUCCCAGGCUUCAUCGGUGGCUCGCAGGGCCUCCCAGGCACUUACACCUCUUCUCCUCCUCCUCCAAUGUCUUCUUGCUUGUCAGCCUCAUUCCUCAACUCCCCAGCCCUGGGACACAGCCCUCACCUGCCCCACAUCGGCUCUAUGUGCCCCCCACCCCCGGCGUACCAGUGCUCAGCUGACCCAAGGAACUCCAGUAUUGCUUCACUGAGGAUGAAGGCUAAGGAACACAUUCAGUCUAUUGGGAAGACAUGGUGAUGCUGAGUGGAAGGACUCAGAAUACAUGUCCGGCAGCUUUUGAAAAAUGGACUACAUCCUCGUGCUGAUGGGAUUGUAUUAUUUUGGAAGUUUUAAAAAGUGAAAUCCAGGUGUGAUCCAGGAGGCAUCCUCCUCACAGCUACAUUACCUUCUGAAAAUCUAUGACAGAAAACUGUGAA